UGGCGUUGCUGCCAUGCGCAGAUAAUAUGCGUGAUGUUUCUUUCCUCCUCCCCCAAGUUCCCGCUUUGCCACCCCACUGAGAAAACACUACGUUCAUACGUUGACGGCUUGACGGUUGCGUGUGUUUAGAUUCUCUCAACAAAGCACAAGUUUUUUUUUUGUGAAUCGUUAAAUAGUGAUCCUGUGCCUAGUCAAGUGUUAUUUCAAUUUAGCAGCAGCAGCAGCUGGAAACUACCAAAGUACCAACAAGGAAUUAAGAGAAGAUGGCUGAAACAGGAUUUCCUGGAACCUACUCGACGACGACCGUCACACAGACGGCUACCACAGUCACCACUAAUAUCCGCUUUGAUCCAUCCUACAUCCGUACUAUUCCGGGCAUGUUGAAAAUAGCCAUUAUGGUUUUAAAUAUUCUCGGUUUUAUCUGCGUGAUGGUGUCGGAAGUUAAUUGGCACUCGAGGGCCAACUGGUUCAACUUUUGUGCGAUGGGAGGCUUUUGGAUCACGGGCAUCUUAUUGGCCUUCUACCUCUUUCACGUCAUCGAGAAGCUUUAUUUCGUUCCCUGGAUUAUGGUGGAGAUGGGCUAUUGUGGCCUGUGGUGUUUCUUCAUGCUCACUGCUUCGGCUGCUUGCGCAGCUCAAGGCAGUCUCUUUGAAGCUUGGGCUGCCGCUUCGUUCUUUGGAUUCAUUUCCAUGAUUGUCUACGGAGUCGACGCUUUCUUCAAAUUCAAGGGCUGGCGCGCAGGAGAAAUUGCUCAGGGCGAACGAGUCCGGAGCGUCCAAAAGAGCGAAACCGUAGGCACUCCUGCCUAUUAACCUGCUAAACAAUUCUUUACGACGAAAAAGAAAAAAAAGAAAAAACAGCCCAUCACCUUCCAUACUUCCCUCCUUUCGGUCAUUUGCAAAUUCAAUUUACUACACAGCGUGAUCGAGAAACUAUUUCCGUUCACUUUUCCCAAUAGCCUCCACCGUUUAAAUUCAAUCCAAUGGAACUCGGCAGCUUUUUUUUUACAUUCUAGGAAGGCAUUUCUGGACCCCCUCCUAUCGUUGUAGCAGCUUGUUGGCCACUCAACAUGUGUUCCAUUUAGCCACCAUUUUACACUGAGUAUUUGCUCGUUUUUUAACCAUGUGUGUUGCGUAUGCGUGGAAAGGCAGCUGUUUUUCUGUUUGUUUCCCCCACACUCGAUUUUUUUUUCUCAUUACUAAUGUACCGCGCCUUCUGGCAGAGAAAAGCUAGUGAUCGGAAUUUUAGUCUAUCGUUUAGGUAUUUUUUCCCCUCUCAUCCUGUGAGGGGUGUAGGUCCAACGAAAACAAAUUUUUUUUUCUCAAAACUGCGGAGUCUUUUUUCCGUUGAUUUCUCGCAGUCAAAAAAUGGUUGAAUCAUUUUCUCUCCAGUCGGCUUGAUCUUUCCCUGUCAUCACAGGGAAUAAACAUUUGAAUUUUUGUGGGGAAUUACAAAUAGCUUGAAGCUUCCACCGCCUAUCCGAAUCUAUUUGAUAUCAAUUGCUUCACAUGUAAUAAUAUUCGGAUGACAAUUCUAUGAAAUAGCUUUCAUCGUUUCGUGGUUAAUUCUUCGAGUAAAUUUCAUUCAAGCGAACAGUGCCCCGAUAGACCGACUCCCGAUGUUUCUCUUUUCCCAAUUUUAGUCGUCUUUAUGAUAUUCCCUAUUUUGGUUUGUCUCAGUCCCCUUCCCUGGCCUCCUACUCGCAUGAUCUCAUCUGUGUGUAAGUGUGUGUGUAUUUUUUAAGGCUGGGCAUUUAGAUGCCACCAUUCGCAGGACUGAGAAUUUAGUCUCUUCCCAUCAUCACCGGUACAUCGCAGCUUUAUAAUAGUUAAGAGAAAACAAACUAGGAAUUGAAAAAUUUCCGGUUCAAGUAUUACGUGAGAAAUCCAAAUGCCUGUUUCACAGCAGCGACAUUUCCUUUUUUCCCGACAUUUUGAGUUUUUUUUUUUUUUUCGUUUUCUCUCCAUUCAAUAUUCCUAAAUUCAUAUCCUGUAUGUAUGUGUGUGUGUGCGUGUGUGUUGAUUAUAGAAAUUUGUUGGGGUGGUAGAGACCAAAAAAAAAAAAGAGACAAAGGUCACGGAAAAGUAAAACAAACGAGAUUGUACUAUUACAAUCAUCAAUAAGAGAAAUAAAUACACUCCCCACCUCCCGCGCGA